CCGCCAUGGCAUCGGCCGCCGCCGCCCGCGCCGCCGAGGAGCCGCCGCCGCCCGAGCCGUCCGCCGAGCAGAAGCCGCUGCUGCUGCCGCCGCCGCCCCCGCAGGAGGAGUUCUCCUUCCUGCCGCUCGUCCACGACAUCAUCAAAUGCAUGGACAAGGACAGCCAAGACGUUCACCAGGUGCUGAAUGAGCUCAAGAACAAGUUUCAGGAGAUGAGGAAGCUGAUCAGCUCCAUGCCCGGCAUUGGCGUGAGCCCAGAGCAGCAGCAGCAGCAGCUUCAGAGCCUGCGGGAGCAGGUGCGGACCAAAAACGAACUGCUGCAGAAGUACAAGAGCCUCUGCAUGUUUGAAAUCCCCAAGGAGUAGGAAGGGCACAGCUCUGCCCUCCGGCUCCGAGAUACCUCCUCUCCUGAAUGAACAGGAGCAAAAAGUGGCAGGAGUUUACUUCUCUUUCUUUUAUGCUGUGUUUGGUGGUGUUGCUCUGAAGUGGUGUCUGGGGGAUCUCAGGUGUGAGGCUGAACCAGAACACUGUGUGCUUCAUGUGUGGUGAUCACAGCAGGACCUUGACUUUGAUCUGCUGUAGGACUGCACAGUUCUAGAGGCAUCUCUCCUGUUUUCUCUUGGGAGGGAGUGAGGAUUGUUUUCUACAUUCAAGCAAGCAGGAGAUGUUAUGUUCUCUCCUCAGUGAGGGUCAGGGUACCUGCUAGUUAACUUCAGCAGGAAAAAGGAGACAUUUUCUGCAUUCUUUUUUACUUAAAAUUGCCCAAAACUCCAAAGGGAACACAAGAGGGAAGCGUGAACUGUUAGACCCUGCUCCCGCAAAGGAUCUCUGGGGCACUUUCUAGCCUGCUGUGUUGAAAGAGGAAGAAUUGCUUUCAAUUGCUUUGUGUUUCCCUUUCUUUCUUUUUAAGCAAGUGAUGGUUGUGUAGGAGAUGAGCAAAGAUUCAGAAAUUCCAAACUGCCCCUCUUGUGUGGUCACUGAGUGAAUGUGGCCUGAGCAGGGGCAGGACUUUGGGACUUUGGCAGUACAGAGGACAUGUGUGGCCUGGGUCCAGCUUCUUUGUCUUGACAUCACUCUAUUUGGAAGCAGAAUGACGUGGGAGAGCAAAGCAGGGACCACCAGGAGUGGAUUUGGGUGAUAAAUUUUACUGGUUGAGUGCAGCUUGUAGGUAGCACAUUUGGUAUCUUGCUCUUAAAGCAAAGGAAGGGCAAGCAGACCAAAACGAAGGACAGAAAUGACCAGAGCUUUUAGUCAUUCCACGUGACAGAAGUCAGGCUCAACAGGACGGAGCAGUUCCACAUCCAAAGUGCUCCAGGGAUUUCCCACAAACACAAGCCUUUGAGUAGCUUGAACAUUUGCCAGCAGAAGAUGGAAAGCUCUUGAAUGUCACAUUCAGACAGAUCCUAGAGCUCUCUGCCCUCUGUCCUGCUGUUAGCUCUUACAGUGGCAGACGACAGUCUGGAAAGCAGUCCCACAUCUUGCUCACUAACAAAGAUGUGGCAGGACCUUGAGUCUCAUGGUUCUCUGAGUCGUGCUGAAAGAUGGUAGGGGUCAGCAGUGAAAGAGGUGAGAAAACAGCUCAUGAAAUAGAGUGUCUGGUGAGAACCACCUGAGGGUGGGUAGCACUCAUGCUUUUGAAAGAAGAGAAGUGAGAUCUGUUUGGGUGAGGCUUUCCUUUCCUAAACCAAAAGGCAAAUAACUGUUUGUUGGGAGCUGGGAUGAUUGUGACUCACCUGUAGCCUGGAGAUUUCUCUGUCCCCGCUGGAACACUUCAGCAGCACUUUCUUUGGGAAGGUGCCAGUGUGUAAAUUCUGGGUAAAGCAGAACACCAAUGUAAACACAGCACAAUGUACACUUAUUUUAUUGCUGAAAUUACCUUGCUGCCAACCAUUGCCUAUCCCAGCUCAAUAAAUUCUUCUGUCUCAUGCCUGGA